AUGAAGGGACCGUUGAAGUUGCAUUCCACCUUGCCGGUGUCUGAGAAGUUCUAUUACCCUGUCGAAAAGGCACACAACGAAUCGAAUGUCGACGCAAUGCGGCUCGCAGAGGCGAACCUGGAUGCUUUCUGCCAAAACAUCGACAGUCAUUUCCUGAAAUACGGCAAACAAACAUUGUUUCAAGUAUUCGACAGAAUCGCAAUCCACCCGCGGCAACUCCAUCGUACGCCUCAAUGGACGCCGAUCGUUCGAAGGGCGCCUCCACCCAGGGAACCUACAGCGUGCACAGGAACCUGGGCGCCUGAGCUGGUAUCUGAGAAGGCCGGCCGAUUCCACCCUGAGCCCCUCCGUAUGAAAAUCAAGACUCGGGGAUCUAGAGGACCGUCAGAACUCGAAACAUGCGAUACAGUCAAGAGUGUGCAAACUACCGAUGCCGAGGCUGAUCGACAGCAACCAAUCUUCUCCGUCAAGAAACGGGAAUGGAAAGUCUUCUUGACCAUGUUCCACGACAAAAGUGGUAAUACUCAGGCUGGUGAGAUCGCAUGGAGUGACUUCCUCCAUGCCAUGACCAAAAUAAGUUUCCAGGCCGAGAAAUUAUAUGGCUCGGUGUGGCAGUUUACGCCUGCACGUGUAGUGGCGCGGUGUGUCGACAAGAGCAUCCACUUCCGCGAGCCUCACCAGUCCGGCAAGAUUCCAUUUCGUACUGCUCGAAGAUGGGGAAGAAGGUUGUCGAGGAGCUAUGGAUUCAGCGCCGAGUCCUUUGAAUUGGCAUGA